GUAUAUAAAUCCCCUUAAUAUUCAAAAAGUUAUCGUCAAACAUGCUAGAACAAAAAACACAAAUUAUGCAAUCUUCUUUCUUCCAAUUUGAAUUCGAACAAAUGCCUCGUUACCACCCGUGGGGCGACGGCGUCUCCGGACUCCCUUUUAACGUUAACGACUCGGAGGAAAUGCUCCUUUACGGCGUCCUGGCCUCGGGGGAGAGGGCGUACAGAGGGGUGAGGCGGCGGCCGUGGGGGAAGUUCGCGGCGGAGAUAAGGGACUCGACGAGGAACGGGGCGAAGGUGUGGCUAGGGACGUUCGAUAGCGCGGAGGCGGCCGCCCUGGCGUACGACCAGGCGGCGUUCGCGAUGCGGGGGGGCGAGGCGGUGCUGAAUUUUCCGGUGGAGAGGGUGGAGGAGUCGCUGAAGGAGGUCAUGAAGUGCGGGGCAGAGGAGGAGGAAGGGGGGUCGCCGGCGAUGGCGCUAAAGAGAAAGCAUUAUUCGAUGAGGAAGAAGAAUAAGAAGAGUAGUGUGAAUAGGAAAAGAAAGAAUGGUAGUGCUCUUGUGGUUUUGGAGGAUUUGGGAGUUGAAUAUUUGGAAGCACUUUUGACUUCUUCCUCAUCACAAACUUGUUGAUUUUUCAUUUUGUGAAUUUAUGUGUUUUAAUCAUUUUCUAAUGGUUCUACCUAGCUCUCUUCUUGUUUAGCUAAUUAAUGGACUUAAAUGAUGCAAUUCAGACCUUCUAUA